CCCUGCGGUUGUAAACUGUAGGUUGUAAUCGAAAUCGAAAUCAAAAUCGCUGUCAUCAUCAUGAGGCGAAGGCUAGCUCUGUUCUCAUAUGGACUCAGGGUGUUGUAAUGCAAGGCAUCCGAUUAGCAGGGCCGCCUGCGAGGACCCAUAUAAACACCAUCCUCGGCUUCCUCUCCUCUUCUCUUCCUUUCCCGCUCUCCCAUCAUUCAUAUCUCUCUCUCCUCGACCGGACCACCACCCAACCACUACCAACAGCACACCAGCCCACAGCCAUGGACCAACACGACAACAUCCACACCGACUACCUUAAGGCCGACCCUCUCCUCUCGGACACCAUCCAGCAGCAGACCCACAUCACCCUCACCGAGAACCUCCCUGUGUCCUCCAUCGACCCUGCCCUGAUCCGUCGCGAACGCAGCUCCUCCGAGACCGUAGAAAAGCCCAAGACUGACUCCCUCGGCGCUGCAGGUAUUGCACUACACCGCCUUCUUUCGUUUUUUUUUACGUCUUUGUUGCAAUGCUUGGGGAACGUCGCCAUGUGUGUUUGUGUGCAAAGGAGACUGUCUGCGGGAGCAAAGAGAACCCUGGCCAAUUCGCGGUGCGAUUGUCUCGUACUUUUUUAACGGGCAUUGGGCUGGGAGGCCUGGGCUACUAUCAUUGUAUCCUUGUGUUUCCUCGCCUUGGAAUUGUUGGCUCUUUUUCCAUAUUUCUUAUCG